AUGACAACAACAGAUAAUGAAAAAAAAGUUAAAUUACAACAAAUUUUAACAGAUUCAUUACUUUUACAAAAACAAGUAAAAGUAAUAUUUGCAGGUGGUAAUAAUAAUGAAACUACAAUUAAACAAAUUACAACAUUGUUAGGUCAAUUAAGAGAUAAAUCAAAACAAGCCAAUGAAUUAUGUGAACAAUUAUCACAUGAUCAUGGUAAAUCAUUAGUAUCAAUUUUAAAUUGUUUCAUCAAUUGGAAUCAAAUUGUAUUGGAUGCAACCACAUCAACAACUCCAACCUCAAUAGAGAAAUUAAAAGAGUAUUCAUUACCAAUUGAAUCUAAAUUAAUAGAGAUUAGAUCAAUUGCUAAAUCAUUUAAAGAUGCAUCAUUAGAUGCUAGAUCAAUGGAACUUUUAACAAAUAUCUAUAAUAAAACAAAUCAAAUUGAUAAGGAAGUUGAUAUUUUAGAAAAAGCAGUUUCUGCUGAAAAGAAUCCUCAAAGAUCUGUAGCUUUAUUUGAUGCAUAUUUAAAGAAAUUAGAUCAUACAUAUCAAGAUCGUGAUAGAAUUUAUCAAUUAAAUAAUAAAGAUACUCAACAACAACAACAACAACAACAACAACAAGAUAAUGAUGAAGAUAUUAAAGUUUCAACUUCAUCAAGUAAAAAAUAUCAACAACAAGAAAAAGAAGAAAAAGAAAAAGAAGAUAAAGAUAAUGGUUUUAUGAAAUUACAUGCAGAUGCUUGGGAAAUUUAUUUAUGGUUAAAAUCAAUGCCAGGAUUUCCAAGAGAUCAAUUUAUUUUACAAAGAAAAAAUCAAUUAUUUAAAUUGGCAAUUUAUAUUGGUUCAUUAGCAAAUCCUUUAAUUUCUGCAAAGGAUAAAGAAGUUGUUUCAAUUUCAAUGGAAGCAUUCGACGAAGCAUUACAUAUUGCUGAUAUCACUCAAAAUAAAGAAUACUUUUGUGCUGCCACUGCUCAUAAAUCAUCUGUUGUUUAUCGUACUCUUCCAGAGGAUGAACGUGCCAAACUUUUCAAAUCACUUGUUGAUGUUGAACAAUCUAUGAAACCUGUAAAUAGUGAAAUUAGAGAUUUAAUUCAAUCAAUAGAAAAUAAAGAUCCAUCACUUUUCCCUGAGAAAAAAGAACAAGAAGAUAAAGAAAAAGAUGAAAAAUUAAAAAAAGAAAAUGAAUCAAAAUAA